AUGGUCUCCAAGAAAUCACUGUAUGAUGUACUCGGCCUGUCACGAGAUGCUACGGCUGCUGACAUCACGCGUGUCUACAGACGUUUAGCACUGCAGUAUCAUCCCGACCGCAACCCCGAGGGCGCAGCAAAGUUUAAAGAAAUUUCCAACGCAUACAGUGUGCUCUCUGACGAAAAGGACCGUCGUACUUACGAUGCGACUGGAAUAGUGCCGGGCGCAGCGAGUGGGAGAGGCGAUGAAAUGUCGGAAUCACAGCGAUCUGCUGAAAUGCAACAACGUGUACAUCAAUUUUACGCCACAUACGCGGGAUCACAUGAGGAGGAGGAAGAUGUUAUUGAACGAUUCAAAAAGUGUAAGGGUAACUUUGGUCGAAUGAUACGAGAGGAGUUAUUGUUUGACAACGGUAAAGUCGAGGAGGUUAAGCGACUACAAGACCUUGUGCGCUCCCUUGUGAAAAGGGGGAGCUUGGAAUCUACGGAGGCGUGGGAGAUUACAUCCACAGAAGCGGCACGAAAGCGCAUUGAGCGGGCCAUGGCGAAAGAACGGAAAAGGGCUGUUGAAACACUCGACGCAAUGGGGUUGAGCACCAAGAAGAGUGGAGCAGGGAGCAUGCAAGAGCUUCAGGCCAUUAUCUCACGUAACCAAGAGAAGCAGUGGGCUGAUAUGCUUGGUAAUCUGGAGGAAAAGUACGUUAAGCGAAAGAAUGUAGCUGAGGAACACGCCGGGAAGAAAAAGAAGCGGGAACAGCAGGAAAGUGCAUCGGCACCUCGAAAAAAGACAAAGAAAUAA